GCGGGCGGGGGAGAUCGCCAUAUAUAAGUAAGGGGAGCGGGGGGAGCUGCCGAGAGUGGAAUCCGUCGGCUGCUCCAGCACUGGUUCGGGUCUCGGCGUCUGCCUGGCAGGCCCAGCCCUCACAGGUCUUCGUGGAGCAUCCCAGCCACCUCCCAACCAUGCGCUGCCUCCUGCUCAUCAACACCUUCUGCCUCCUGGCCCUGGCCCUGGCCGCUGAGGUGAAGAAACCCAUUGCAGCGGCAGCACCGGGCACCUCAGAGAAGUUGAGCCCCAAGGCGACCUCGCUGGCUGAGCGCAGCUUGGGCCUAGCCUUCAACCUGUAUCAGGCCAUGGCCAAGGACCAGGCGGUGGAAAACAUCCUUCUGUCUCCCGUGGUGGUGGCCUCGUCCCUGGGGCUCGUGUCGCUGGGUGGCAAAGCUACCACUGCAUCCCAAGCCAAGGCCGUGCUGAGUGCCGAGAAGCUGCGUGAUGAAGAGGUGCACACCGGCCUGGGGGAACUGCUACGCUCGCUCAGCAACAACACAGCGCGCAACGUGACCUGGAAGCUGGGCAGCCGCCUCUACGGGCCCAGCUCGGUGAGCUUCGCCGAGGACUUCGUGCGCAGCAGCAAGCAGCAUUACAACUGCGAGCACUCCAAGAUCAACUUCCGCGACAAGCGCAGCGCCCUCAAGUCUAUCAAUGAAUGGGCCUCGCAGACCACCGACGGCAAGCUGCCAGAGGUGACCAAGGACGUGGAGCGCACGGACGGUGCCCUGCUGGUUAACGCCAUGUUCUUCAAGCCUCACUGGGACGAGAAAUUUCACCACAAGAUGGUGGAUAACCGAGGAUUCAUGGUGACCCGUUCCUAUACUGUGGGCGUCACGAUGAUGCACCGGACAGGCCUCUACAACUAUUAUGAUGAUGAGAAUGAAAAGCUGCAAAUUGUGGAGAUGCCCCUGGCCCACAAACUCUCCAGCCUCAUCAUCCUCAUGCCCCACCAUGUGGAACCCCUGGAGCGCCUAGAAAAGCUGCUGACUCAGGAGCAGCUGAAGACCUGGCUGGGGAAGCUGCAGAAGAGGGCGGUGGCCAUCUCCUUGCCCAAGGGGGCAGUAGAGGUGACCCAUGAUCUGCAGAAACACUUGGCCGGCCUGGGCUUGACCGAAGCCAUCGACAAGAACAAGGCUGACCUGUCGCGCAUGUCAGGCAAGAAGGACCUGUACCUGGCCAGCGUGUUCCAUGCCACUGCCUUUGAGUUGGACACGGAGGGCAACCCCUUUGACCAGGACAUCUACGGACGUGAGGAGCUCCGCAGCCCCAAACUCUUCUACGCUGACCACCCCUUCAUCUUCCUGGUCCGAGACACCCAGAGUGGCUCUCUGCUCUUCAUUGGACGCCUGGUCCGGCCUAAGGGGGACAAGAUGCGGGACGAGUUGUAGGGCUCUGGCCUUGGGAUAGCAGGAGGCAGCGAAGGCUUCUGAGACACAUGGGU